AUGGUGCUGAAUAUCAAACAAGUUUCGACGCCAAUUAAAUGCAUUGCGGGACCUCAAGAAGACAGAAUUGUAAAGAGAGCAGCAAACCCUAUACUAGAGACAAAAAUGUUUACGAUUCAGCAAAGCGUCAGUGAUACUACAUUUCGACCCUCGUCAACAAAGAUGCGAAUCGCGUGA